UUCGUGUCUGUGUUUCAGUAUCAUCACAACUCAGUCAGGCUAUAAAAAGACCAUUGCACACAAGGAUACAGAAACACCAGCUCGCAUUCACCUCUGCAUCAGCGACUGAACAGGACAGAAGAGAGACCACAGGCUGCGCUCUAUCGCCUCCUGGAUAUGUUGUCGAGGGACUUUUAGCGGACUGCUACGACGCGCGUCUCCGCAGGAACUUUACAGGAAUUCUUUGGAAACCAGGAGGGUUUUAUUCGUAAACGGAAAACAUUCUAAUCACCAUGGGAUUCUAUGCAGCCUAUCUUUUAACCUCAGAAUUUUGGAUUUGACCAUUUUUGUGCCUUUUUGUUCUCUUGGUUUUUGAUCUGAUGUGGUAUGGCUAAUGCUUCUCUGAUGGUUUGGGGGGUUCUGCUUUUAAUUGGAAUAGUAGCUGCAUUUGUAAAUGGUUCUUCAGUGCCCCUCAGAGAUGUUGUCCGGAGUGGAGAGGUGGACAACAUGAGCUGGAUGAACUGGAUCUCCAGGCCAACCACGGUGUAUAUGGCCAGUGUGACCAGAGGCAUGCCCAGUGGUUUGGGUGAGGCCAAGGGCGUGGCCAGGGGAGUGGCCAGUGGUGUGGGUGUGGCCAAGGGUGUGGCCAGCAGCGAUGAGUCCCUGGUCACCAGUGAGGGGCGCCGGAGGGACAAGCGCUGUACCUGUUACAGCUACAGAGACAAGGAGUGUGUUUACUACUGUCAUCUAGACAUCAUCUGGAUCAACACACCAGAACGUACGGUGCCAUAUGGUAUUUCCAGCUACAGAGGCUCCCAACGGGUACGUCGCUCCAGUCCCAAUAAGAACGGAGGAAGAGGAAGAAAAAGAGGAAGAGGAGAGAGAGGAAGAAGAGAAAUAAGAGGAGGAAGAGGCACUGAGUCAUUGCGCUGUGUGUGUUCAGAGGAGACAGACUCAGAGUGCAGCAGUUUCUGCAUAGACAGGCAGAGGCUACAGUAAUUGGUUGACAGAGGAGAGAAAGAGGAGACACCAAACCUCACCUUCAGCUACAGUUUAACUACAGACAGACUACAGAUGAAUACCUGGCACAGAAACAGUACAGACAUGCUAACUGAAUAACUCCAGUUUACCCCAGAUUGGUAUGUGUAAUGGAAUAACUCCAGUUCAACUACAGACUGAUAUGUCUAUCGGAAUAACUCAAGUUCAACUACAGACUUAUUUGUUGAGUGGAACAAUUUUAGUGCAACUACAUACUGAUAACCUGUGGAAUAACUCUGAUGUCAGAUAAUGUUACUUUAUUGGUCAAGAGAGACACAACCAAAAAAGAAGCUUUUUAAGGAUCAGAUCCAAUUGUACACAUUUACUGCAAGUAUUUUUCGAUGUAACAGACCUGUAGAUGGACUGAAUGUUAGCCAGCCGAAGACACCUGCUACAGGAGUUGCAUACUUCCAAGUUAGAAACCUAUGAAACAAAACAUUCUUUCAAUCUAAUUGACUAUUUGUCAAACUGGGAUAUUCCUACAUUUGCUAUAAUGGACCUAUUACUGGAAUUUAAUCUCUGUUAAGACAGAUGACCUCUAUGGAUAGCAUAUUGCACUGUCCUACUCCUUUCCCACAAAACACUCCACAAACUGACCUCAUACCAACUAUCUUCCUAUAUGGGAGGGAAAUCCUGGACCUAAAUUCUGUCUGUCAUUAGUCUGGGUUGGAUGAACAAGAAUGUCAAAUGGAAGGAAGACCUCUGGGGAUGGAGCUUGAAGACUACUACACAGAAUUUUCCACUCGGGCUAAUGGACAACAACCUCAGAGGUUUUAUCAGAAUGCAUAAUCACUAGGACCUCAUUCCUCUGUUUCCUCAGCAAAUCUGUGAA